CUCUCUUGAAUCAAAGCACUUUUCUUCUUCUUCUUCUUCUUUGAGAAGGACGAAGGACUCUGGUGUGGUUAUCUUUAGGAGAAGAAAGAAUAGAAAGUGUUGGUAUCAUACCAGAGAGGUCGAUAUCACUCUCCUCUUUGCUGGAAUUCCUACGGUUCCCAAGCUUUUCAAGGAAAGGGAACCCGAAGACUUACAAUUUUAUGGAGGAUUCCACAAGUGGAGACGACAGCUUUAGUAAUGAAUCCUCGUCGUCUAGUGACUCCGACAGGUCUUCUCAGGGAUCAAUAUCUAGUUCUAAUGAGGGGGGGACGUCUACUGGAUCGUCUGAAAACUUGGGUGUGCAUAGGUUAGGGAAGGAGUUCAUGGGUCAGGGAUUAGAGUCUGGCGGUCGGGGUUCCUCUACUACAUAUUCGGAGUCUAGUGGUUCCUCCUUCAAAGGGGGGCUCCGAAUGUUGAGUGGGAGAGGCGGUGGUCAUGUGACUUCGGUUGGCAUGUCAUCUGGGCGAUUAUGUGGCAAUAGUGAGGCGGAGAGUUAUUAUGGAGGGUCGAAGUUGAGUAGAAAAAUGCAAACAGAGGCUAGGAAACGGCUGUUGGCAUAUAGGGCUGCUCGUUCUCCGUGGACAGCUGACCAAGAGAUGACCGAGACUAGUGUUGACGCUCUAAGAGAACUGAGGUGGAACUAUCAAAUACCUGACUCCGUAGAGCUAAGAUUGAUUAAGGAUGAUGAGUUGCCUAGUAGUCCUCCGGAUGGGUUUGUUACUCUAUACCCAGCCAUGCUAGAAUUAGGUAUUAGGAUACCGUUCCAGCCCUCAGUGCAUGGUUGGGUGAGUGAGCUUGGCGUUGCUCCAGCUCAAAUUAAUCCUAAUGGCUAUAGAGUGAUUAUUGCUUUGAUAGCUUUGUGGAACAAUAAAUUUGGUUGUGACCCACCAGUUGAAGUUCUUCGUCACCAUUUGCGGCUUAAGAAGAACAUAUCAGCGACCAAGGAUCCUAUUGAGGGUUUUUAUUGUAUUGUUCCCCAACGUCCUGCCAUUGUACUUGAGCUUCCAUCCGGGGUUAAAACUUGGAGGAAUAAAUGGUUUUAUGUUAAGGGCUGGGCGUUCACUUCUAGUGGUGGAGUUCCAGCCCCCAGCAUUCCUACUCAUUUUAAGGAUGCAGGGAAGUGGCGAAAAUUGGAUUCUCUCUCUAGAGUUGUGAAGGAGAGAUUCAAAAGUUUCCUUGAUCUUCCGAGAGAGGAGCGACGUUUCAAGACGAUUGUCACAGAAGCAAGAUUGGCGAGGCUUGGGAUAGCAGCUCCAGCCAGAAGUAUGACACUUGACAAGAAUGAUCCUGGACUUCGAGCAAGGAUUCUCCAGCAACGUCAAGCCAUAAAGGGGCCAAUUGUGCCCAGACCCUUGGUCCCUCCUAAUGAAGACAUGUCAUCGCCUAGGCCCCCAAGUCCCAAGUUUCGGGCCCGACCACCCAGGCCUCCAUCCCCCCUGGAUUUAGGAGGGCAACGAUCAGGUCUCCGAUUGAUUCGCUUGAAAAAACCUCGGGAAAAAGAAGAAUGAGUGAGGAGGCGCAGGGUAAGCAAGACCCUUUGAAGAAGAAACUGAGGGUGGAUGAUGAGGUCGACAAUCUUGUGGAAGAUGCCAAGAGGGAGACUCGGCAGUCCAAGGCUAGGCAGCGAGUUGACACUCUGGGUGCGCGCCACCGCCAAGUUGACGUUCCAGAAUUUCUUUCUGAUUACGUUGGGGACAUGAUGGGGCUUAUUGACACUAAGACUUAUACCGUAAACUUUGGGACGGGUGAACUUAAGGGGGAACUUGAUUCUCUUGUGGAAGGGGCAAAAAGUUCUUUGAUUUUGGCCAAUUUGAAGAAUCAUCUCAUAAUUGACAAGAUGGCGGAGAGGAUUCGUGAGUUGGACUCCCAGGUGCUUGCAACCAACAAGGAGCUCAGGGUGACCAAGACUCAGCUGGGUCAAAAGAAGAAAGAUGUGGCUAAAAUGGAGGAUUAUCACAAAAGGCUGAAGGAAAAAGAAACAGAUGUUGAUCAGCUGGGAGAAAAGGUUAAGGGCCUGGAGAAGGAACUCAGGGUUAAGGCCCAAGAGUGUAAGAGAAUCAAGGGUUUGGAGGUGGAAGUCCAAGACCUUAAAGAGAGGGUUGAGGGUCUCAGGAGCAAGGCCAAGGUUGGUCGUAACAGUAUUUUGAGGGAGUUCCAGGAUUCUAAAGAGUACAAGGACAUCUUAGAGAAUAGCUACUCAGAGGGGUAUACUGACUUGCUUAACCUAUGCAUAGAGCAUUUUGGUGAGAAGGGAAUGGAAUGGGCAGUUUCUUUGGGUAUUGAUGCUGUGCCUCUAGAAAUUAAGGGUAGCCCCUCCAAGGCUACACUUGCUAAUGCAAGUCCAGGUCUUGCCCUUUCUGGCCAUGAGGUUGAGGGAUUGGACCGUGGAGGAGUCGACCAGGCAAAUGGGUCAGUAUUGGGAGACGAACCUACCGAGGCAUUGAGCAACGACCGCCAUCAAGGUAAGUCUGGCACUGGUGACACUCCAGUGGAGGACAAAGGAGGCGUUCUUGGAGAUGGGGAAGAUGGAGAUGAAAGGGCCAAGGUGACAAAUGCCGAUCCUUUGAAGUGUUGAGGGUUGACGUAAGGUUUAGUUCGUUACUUCUAUUUUGUUCUUGCAUGUUGUAGGGACCCUUUGGAUUUGUUUACUUUACGUUGCGGAUGUCUCACCCUUUAUUUUGCUAACUCGGAUGGCCAAUUAGCUCUUUUGUGGUAGGGUAUACAGCUCUUGAACAUCUAUGAUUUCUAUGUAAUCUAGAUAUAUCCGAGGAUGAGUGUCUUGACCUGUCAGUAUUCAUCCUCGGGUAUCUUUUGCUAACUAUAACUUAAAUCUUAAUAGAAUCAUUCUAUGGACU